ACAGAGUAAGAGCAGCGUCUCCUACACCCACCUGUCUGUCUUUGAGGACAGACUGGUCGAUGGAUCCACCAACCAAUUUUAGAGCUGCAGAAACUUUCCCACUGGAUCCAAGACUGCUGACAGAGCAUCACUUAAGGUGUCCAUUGUGCAAAUCAAUGCUGAAGGAUCCAGUGUCCAUCCCAUGUGGACACAAUUACUGCAGAGGUUGUAUUAAUGAAUUCUGGGACAACUGUGCAGGAGAUUAUGUCUGUCCUCAAUGUGGUAACCCAUCAGAAACUCGUCCAGUGCUGAACACAAACGCAGCUCUGGCUGAGGUGGUUAGAAACCUGCAGCAAGCUGGCUUCAGUCCAGCACUUCCACCACAACCCUAUGCCAGACCAGAAGACGUUGCCUGUGAUUUCUGCACUGAGCGCAGAUUGAAAGCUGUGAAGUGUUGUUCAACCUGUGGUGUGUCCCUCUGUGAGACUCACGUCAAGCAACAUUACACAAUACCAGCACUACAGAAACACACACUGUUAGACGUGACUGGAGACAUGAAGACCAGACCCUCACAGCAGCACCAGAACACAGACAGCAGCUUCAGCAGUACUGUUAGUGGACAACAGCAUCAGACAGAUAAAACUCAAGACAUUAUCAAGGAGAUGGCAGUCAGGAGCUUCUUUGAGACUGUUUUGAAUACCGCCAAGGUCCAGACACGUCCAAAAAGACCUGCAAAAACCUUUAGACCUAAAACAAAAGAUAAUGAAGAUGUUAGAAGUCUUGCACGUAUGUGCUCCACACUACAGCAAGAAGUUUCAGGGCUUAAAAAAAACCUCUCAAGGUUAAAAGCGAAGAAGAGAAGGCAGAAAGAAACAUAUCACGACGAUAAAAAGGAUUAUGGAGAGGAAGAUGAUGAUGAAGAGGAGGAGGAUUAUGAAGAGGAAGAUGAUGAUGAAGAAGUUAAUGAGCAUGAAAAAGAAUAUGCUGAAGAGGAGGAAGAUUAUGGAGAGGAAGAUGAAGAGGAGGAGGAUGAAGAUGAUGAUAGUUCCAACAGUGAGAAAGAUUUUGAUGCAGAGAGUGAUGAAGAAGUGGAGAGUGAUGAAGAUGGAUAUGAUGAUGAUGAAGAAGGGAACACAGAUGAUUAUGAUGGGGAAGAAGAUGAUGAGGAUGACAGAAAUUUUAAGGAGUAUGAUGAUGAGGAUUAUUAUUAAAGGGACUAUUAGUGGCAAUUUACAUGAUAAUUUAC